AUGGCCACCGAUGGUCGGCCACUGAAGGGCAUACUCAAAAAGCCAGCCGGCGUCUCCGGCACUACCAGCUCUGGUGCCGCCGCCGCCGUCCUCAACCCGCGAAAGCAGGACCCCCGCGAAAUCGCCCUCCAGCACGCCCGCAUCAUCCAGCACCGCAAGGACCUCGAGCUCGAGAUCCUCGAGAGCUUGGCCCUGCUGUCCGAGUACCCCACCGAGCGCGGCAGUCGACUCUACUCGGCCGCAAACCCCUCGCCCCGUGACGUCGCCGACUUCAAGGCCAACAUCCGCCUCUUCCAACCUUCCGACUACGACGACCUCAUUGAGGAGCGCAACGUCAACGGCCUAUGCGGCUACACCCUCUGCGCCCAGCCUAAGCCGGCGGCCUCCAAGGGCGGCGAGUGGCGCCUCGUCAACUUUGGCAAAUCAAAUUUUGACAUCGUCAAUCGCAAGGAGUCGGAGAAGUGGUGUUCCAAGGAUUGUCAGCGAAGGGCGCUCUACAUCAAGGUCCAGCUCAAUGAGACGGCCGCCUGGGAACGCGCUGGAAUCUCAGACAUUGAGAUCGAGCUACUCGGCGAGGAUAGGUCGGCAAGGGAGGACCCAGCGGCACAAGCAACGCGUGACCUUGCAAACAUGAGGUUGCAGGAAAGCAGGAGGGUGGCCGACGAGUCCGCGACGCUGGCCUUGGAGAGAGGCGAGGUACGGCAGGAGGGCGCCCAGUCGGGCAAGAUGUUUACCCUUGCAAUCAGAGAGAGGGAUGUGAAGCCGCCGGUCGACGACGGUUCGUUUGCGGAUCUGGAUGAUGCCCAUCUGAUGGUGGAGGGACACAGGCCGGGCGCUGGAAAGGCGCAGGCUCGAGCCGAGGCUUCCCAGGCCGAAGCCCAGUUUAAGAAAGAGAACGAAUGA